GUCAACCCAUCCCAAACGAAUCCUCAACCACAUCUGCAGAUUGAGACCAGCCUCCAGGCCACUUACAGCGCUCCGCCCCCAAAAUUUCCCAGGAAAACCAGGCGUCAAGCCUCGAUUUUCUUCAGAUUUACACGAUACAAUGGCUUCCUCUGCUAUAGCUUGCUCCACACCUUUCAUCAAGAAGGAAGAUGUGGGUCUUUCUGCUUUCUCUUCACAAUCCUCAUUUUCCAUGCGAAAUGCCACGAAAAGUGUUUCCAGGAAAAUUGUGUCCGUCAUGGCACCUCAGCAAUCUGAACGCAAACCCGCCACCACUGGUUCAGUCAAGACAGCAAUGACAAUGACUGAGAAGAUCUUGGCUAGGUCUUCUGAGAAACCCCAUCUCAGCCCAGGUGAGAAUGUCUGGGUCAAUGUUGAUGUCUUGAUGACUCAUGAUGUUUGUGGACCUGGCUCGAUUGGAAUCUUCAAGAAAGAGUUUGGCCAGAAUGCAAAGGUUUGGGACCGUGAGAAGCUUGUGAUCAUACCUGACCACUACAUAUUCACGACUGACGAACGAGCAAAUCGUAAUGUUGAUAUUUUAAGGGAUUUUUGCAUGGAACAAAAUAUCAAGUACUUCUAUGAUAUUAAAGAUCUUGGGGAUUUCAAGGCUAACCCAGAUUAUAAAGGUGUAUGCCACAUUGCUCUUGCCCAAGAAGGUCAUUGCAGGCCUGGAGAGGUCCUUCUAGGAACAGACUCCCACACAUGUACUGCUGGAGCAUUUGGCCAGUUCGCUACAGGAAUUGGCAAUACUGAUGCAGGUUUUGUGUUAGGCACUGGAAAACUUUUGCUUAAGGUGCCUCCAACUCUAAGAUUUGUGAUGGAUGGCGAAAUGCCAGAUUAUCUGCUUGCAAAAGAUUUGAUUUUGCAGAUUAUUGGUGAGAUAUCUAUGUCCGGUGCAACUUAUAAAGCGAUGGAGUUUGUUGGCUCUACUGUUGAAAGUUUAACUAUGGAAGAAAGGAUGACAUUAUGCAACAUGGUUGUUGAAGCUGGGGGAAAGAAUGGUGUUGUCCCUGCUGACAGUACUACAUAUAAAUAUCUUGAGGAUAAGACAUCUAUCCCCUAUGAAGCUGUUUACAGCGAUGAGCAAGCAAGAUUUCUUUCAGAAUAUAGAUUUGAUAUCUCAAAGCUGGAGCCAUUAGUGGCGAAGCCUCAUUCUCCUGAUAAUCGUGCUUUAGCAAGGGAAUGCAAAGAUGUGAAAAUUGACAGAGUCUAUAUUGGAUCUUGUACUGGUGGAAAAACUGAAGAUUUUCUUGCUGCAGCUAAAGUUUUCCUAGCUUCGGGAGGCAAGAAGGUCAAAGUUCCCACUUUCCUUGUCCCUGCUACCCAAAAGGUGUGGAUGGACGUAUAUAGUCUUCCGGUUCCAGGAUCUGGUGGCAAGACCUGUUCCCAGAUAUUUGAGGAAGCCGGUUGUGAUACACCUGCAAGUCCUAGUUGUGGUGCUUGUUUGGGUGGCCCUAGAGACACUUAUGCACGCAUGAAUGAACCUCAGGUCUGUGUAUCAACAACAAACAGAAACUUCCCUGGUCGAAUGGGGCACAAAGAAGGCCAAAUUUAUCUAGCUUCUCCAUAUACAGCAGCAGCCUCUGCUUUGACUGGCUUUGUCACAGAUCCAAGAGAGUUUUUGCAGUAAGCCAUUAAACGUCCCUUGCGGUGAUUCCUCUGUACUCUACUGAAAGACCUUUUAUUGAGGUGCUAAAGCAAAAUAUCAGGUUCAGUUUAUCUUCUACUCUGAACUACUUGUAUGUUUUGAUUUUGUAGAAGCUUUUAAUGGAUGAUCUUUGUGAGAGAUGGUAGUAGUAUCUGAUCUUACUAGUUAAUGAAGAUACAAAAUGCUUGGUGGUGGUGAAACUAUAUAUGCUGUGACAUUGAAGAGAAAAUGUUUGUUUUAAUAAAAUGCUCGAGGCAUACACUGUUUGUGUAGUUUUUGA